AUGGGUCCAAGGAAGCAGGGCUUGAACCGUUCCUCUGGAAAGGCUGCUCAAGGAGGUGCCAACAAAAAUAAGCAGCCUAAAUCCCUGAAGAACAAACUCAGAGAUGUGCAAAGGCUGCUUAAAAAGGCAAGUCUGCAGUCAGUACCAGCAAAUUUUGAUAUGUGUACGCACGUGUUGUUUCGGUGCUGCAUGUCAGGGAACGGUACGGUCAUUCUGACACGUACUUCUCCUUUCUUGUAGCUGCAUAAGUUGAACAUCUUUAAAUUUUUCGAGGUGUAAUUAGCUGAACAAAUUCUAAAGCAAUCAACUUUCAACUUUCAGGUUUUAACGGGAAUUUUUGCAAAAAUUGAUCACGUCCUCAUCUGCCUGUUUAGAACUGUAGAAGGUUCAAGUUUUCCUGUGUUUUAGUUACCUAGUGAGAGUUACACUUCCAAAGAUGGUCAAAUUGAGCUGGAUUAACCUGCGAGCUGGGGCCCUUUGAUCUUCAAAGGGAAGAGGAAAAUAAAGAGGAAGAGACUUCCUUUUUCGAGUUAUUUAAGAAGAUUAAAGAGCCUCUGCUCACAGCAUACAUGUAGUGCUGACUCAGAUAACAGUUAAAUUUACGCCAAAAUAUAAAUAGAUUAAAAAAACUAUUAAAUAACAAAUAACUAAUAUAAAGCCAUGUCAGGGUAAAAUCCUGACAAACGAUAUGGCCUAGAAACAGCAACAUAAGACUCGAUGAAAGUAAUUAAUUGUGACAAACAAUACCAAGAUGGAUAACUGAUAAAUACCGACAGUGACAUGGCGUACUCCUCAAAAUGCAAGAUGGCUGUAUUUGAAAUUUAGAGACAUGGGUAUACCCCCCCCCCCCUCACUGAGGGAGCUUCUUACAUGUGUGAGCCUUUACUAGCCCGUCGCUGUAGUUUUUGUUCUCCCAAAUUUGUGUAUCCUUUUUCGUGCUCAAACAAAAGUCAAAAUAUAGGUGAUAGUCCCUAAAAAAAUUGGCUGAAUAUGAACAAUAAGUUCAAACCAUUUUAUGUUUUUACAUUAUGCUUUUUGUACAGCAUUUCCUCUGAAACAUUUCACACACCUGUAAAAACAGAGGAAUCUCAUGUGAGAGGGUUUUUACUUGUACAUGAUUGUUUAAAGAGGGCAAGCUUUGAAGUAACUUGCUGACAGAAGUAUCUUUUGAAGAAUGAAUAGAAACAGGAAUGAAGAGAAUCUUACAGAGCAAUACCUUGAUGGUAACAUCUUGUUACAGUUGUACAUGUAUACCAUUGUGUGCAAUGAUACAAAAAAAAAUGAGCUCAGAAAGCCCUGGAUGUAGGUGUCAUGGAAACCUGGUGCACAAAACCAUAAAAAUUUAGUUAAUUAAUUAAAAUUAAAAGGAACCAAAGUCAAACCCUGUUAAAGGGUUCACUGACGAAGCCAUAGAAAGUGUUCACAUUAAGUUUCAGUAUUAAGGGGGUUGAAUUUAGAGAAGAUAUAAGGGCUUUCUUUCCCUAGGGACAAAGCAAACUGUUGGUAAUAAUGAGUUGUCUGUAUUAAGCAUGAAGUAGGGUUUGACUGUAAUAGAGUGUUGACCCUCUUCACAUGUCUUUUGACCCUUGAGGGAGAUAUACCUCCUAAAUAAUAUAUUAUUAUUCUUUUCAUUAUAGUUGUUUGUGGUGCUGUAGGCUUGUUUUACAAAACACUGAUCUCAUUAAUAAACAUUUUUUUUAUGUUGUUGUUGUUGUUGUUAUAGUCUGACCUGCCAGCCACUGUGCGAGUCAUACAAGAAAGAAUGCUUGAAGUGUUGAAAGAAACCAUCAAAGACAAAGCUAAGGAAGAUAAAGAGAAAAUAAUUAUUCAGCGAUGUAAGAAAGUGAAAUUUUUUGGUAAGUCACAACUUUGCUGCUCAAGGGGUGCCACUGAUUUGUGAAAGUAACAGGGGUGCUGAUGAAUCAGAUCAAAAUAUAUGUGAAUGUAGCCAACCUUAAGUUUAUAUUAAGGUAUCUGCACCGGCAAAUUUUCAACAUUUUAUUUUGCCCUCAAAAUCUUUCUACACUAAGUUCAGAUGAUGUAAUAUGCAUAUCUGGUGUUCUUUUUUGAAUAUACCUUCGCAUUUAAGAGAAAAUCUACUCAAAAGUUGACUGAUUUACUGGAAGUUAAAGAAAAAUUGUCAUUUCCGUUACUAAGAAAAAGGACGGCAGGAGCGCAAUUUGACUCCUCUUUUCGGCAUCAAGUUCUAUUGAUGUGCUGAACAAAAUCUAUUUACUGCUUGGAUUCAUUGACAAACUGCCGCCGCUGUAUGUCCAACUUGANGGAAGAUAAAGAGAAAAUAAUUAUUCAGCGAUGUAAGAAAGUGAAAUUUUUUGGUAAGUCACAACUUUGCUGCUCAAGGGGUGCCACUGAUUUGUGAAAGUAACAGGGGUGCUGAUGAAUCAGAUCAAAAUAUAUGUGAAUGUAGCCAACCUUAAGUUUAUAUUAAGGUAUCUGCACCGGCAAAUUUUCAACAUUUUAUUUUGCCCUCAAAAUCUUUCUACACUAAGUUCAGAUGAUGUAAUAUGCAUAUCUGGUGUUCUUUUUUGAAUAUACCUUCGCAUUUAAGAGAAAAUCUACUCAAAAGUUGACUGAUUUACUGGAAGUUAAAGAAAAAUUGUCAUUUCCGUUACUAAGAAAAAGGACGGCAGGAGCGCAAUUUGACUCCUCUUUUCGGCAUCAAGUUCUAUUGAUGUGCUGAACAAAAUCUAUUUACUGCUUGGAUUCAUUGACAAACUGCCGCCGCUGUAUGUCCAACUUGAUUUUUCUUGCUUCUGUUAAAGCUGUGAUGACUAAUAUUACUUGCUUCUUGUCAAUAUUUGUCAUGUUCUUGAAAUAUACUCCGUCUUCCAGGGCUUAUUAUUGUUUUAAAUUUACAUUACAUCGGUGUGUCUUCUCACCUGUUAUAUUCUGACAAUUUUGCCGGGAGAGUAAAACAUUUUCUUGGCCCCUAAUCCUCUGGUCUGUUUUUUCUGCCAAUUUCUUUCACUUUACAGAAGCAAUUCUUUUCAAUUUUGAAUAAAACUCUUCUUCAAUCUUCAUACUUCAGUGCGCUUCACUGCAUUAUAGCUGACACUGAGUAACGCAAAUGUGUCACACCUAGCAACUGGUCAUGUAUCAAAAUCCAAGAAGGCUAUAGAGAGGUCAUUUGACAUUUUCUUAGGCUUCCACGAGCAUUUUACACAGCGGUGACUCAAAAUGGCGGACAAGAAGGUCUGUGAUGGUAGUAUCAAGCAAAAACAGUUGAUUUUGAGAGGAAAAUAAGCUUUUUUACACUGGAAAAGCGUUAUUUACCCCGUGACCGAUUUACCUUGACUUAUGGGAACCAGUUUUUUGGAGGAAUGGAUCAUUAUUUCUUCGUGAAAUUUGGCAAAUACACAAAGAGCAUGUCACAAAGAGCAUGUUAAUGAACAGAUCUGUGUUUGACCAAAGGUUAGAAUUGCCGUACAGCUGAGUUAUUGAUGUGGAUCAAAUUACAAAAUAGCAAAUUGUACCCUAUAGGGUGGAUUAGUUGGAGCUGUGUCGUGGUCAAACGCAGAAUUAUUCUAUCUUAUGUCCUUAUUUGUGUUACAUUUCUUUUUUAACAAUAACUCUAAGGACUCUUCUGAAAUUUUGAUUUUUCUCUUUCCGUGCCACCCUAGGGGGUAAUUAAAUUAACACCUUUUGGGUGGCAUAACAUAGUUUAUUUUGAUAUAUUCUAGUUCCUCAAGAACUGAGGAAUACUGUCAAUGUAGUGACGUAUAGAUAGUAUCCAUAAAAUAACCACUAAAAAUGAUGCAAAAAUGUGCAAAAUUUGCCAGUGCAGAUACCUUAAGGCCUGGCAACCUUAUGUUAUUUGCCACCUUAGAAACUUGACGGGAACUGAACCGAGUUAACUUUCACAAAGAGUUCUGGUACUGUUACUGCAUGGGACAGGUGAAACAAAUUGGCCAAUAGCUCAGUAAUGGUACCAGAAGUAGUUGCAAAAGCUAACUGAAAUGAAGCUAAAUGAAAUAUUUUAGCAGAAUCUGCUGAUGUAAGCAAGUCCCACUGUUGGCAAGCAUAUUCCAGGCAUUUUUAUUGGUGGGAAGGAAUUCAUGUCAUGGGUGUGUGUCAAAAAAUAUGAUUGCAGUUAAUUUGUCUACCUUGCUGCUAACUUCAUGGUUUACCCUUUCUCAGGACGUUUCGGUGAAUGAGUCUAAAUCUUGCCUAUAUACUAAAAUCAUUUUGUGAUGUGAUUAACCCAUUCGCUCCUAGAGAUUUUGCCGAAAAACGCGUUUUGAAGCUAGUCGAGUGGUUUUCUGGUCACUGUUGUGCUAUAAAGAGCUAAAACUUACCACAAACUGGUUUACAGGUCGAACACUUCGCGGUCUUCCGAUCCAGAUGCAAAAUAUCAGCUUGCGAAGUUCGGGCAUGCGCAGAAAGCAAAAUUUCGACAUAGUUUUUGGGUUUAAAAGUGACACAGCAGUCUUGACUUUUACUUUUCGCUUUCUCUCCUCCCUUCUUUUUUUGCUUUUCUUGCCUCAUUUUUUUUUUCUCUUGCUGGGCAUUUAGUAGGCUUGAUUUUGGUGGGAAGAGUUUUUAGGAAAGCUUUUAGGAUCUUAGGAUUAGGCGAAAGGAAAGGUAGGUGGGUAAUGGGACAAGAUUUUCAUGGAGAUUUUCAGGUCAAUGUCACGUGGUUUUUUGCUUGUUUCUCCGGUGUCCUUGACUGAAUUGUGCUCAUUCUGGUAUGGUUUGAAAGAUCUCUUCACUCUGCACAAGUUAGUGAAGAAAGUUGUCCUUGACCGUUAAAACUGAUGACGUCACAAUGGGUAGAAAGGACCUGGAUCCGCACGGGCGGUUACGGGCGGUUCAGGGGCGAAUGGGUUAAUAUAAUGUUUUAUUUAAGUCAAUGUUUUCCUUUCUACAUUGGUUUAUUUUUAGAGAAAAGAAAGCUCUUUAGGAAGUACAAAACCUGUCUGAGAGAGCUAAAAGAGUGCAGUGAAAAUGAAGAAAGGUUUGUCAGACUUUCUACUCAUUAUCUGUAGGUACAUGUAUAGGCAGGGUUGUCACCAGAAUUUCAAGUUGCCAUUUAAAUAUAACAAGUAGGUGGGGAAUCAAACAGAUAGGGAUUUUUUCUUUUGGUUCUAUUUUUCUUCUGUUUUCCCAUGAAAGUAGCCAGAGGCCUUUAUAGUCUGUAGCUGAAGGAAAUACCCAGCCCCCAGCUCUUGUUGACAACCCUGUACAUGUAACAAUAGCCUGUGUGUAGCCACACUCUCCCCCCAAGGGUGUGGCUGCACGUAGGCUAAUGUAACAAGGGUUGGUUUUAGACCACAGGCUAUCACCAGUAUUUUCUGUCUUUUGUAUAAAUCAACAAAUCUAUAGAGUCAAUGGGUUAAAGGGACACAGUCAGCUAUGGGACCACGCUGACCUGGACACUACUUUUGACAGUUUGAAAAGCGUUUACCUUAACCCGAAAUCAAAUCUACACGUCCGAUACAUUUAGAAAUCCGCUUCAAUCCUACCUAGUGUUUCAUUCGAUCCUCGAUCUUUUACUGAAAAUCUCUUUUCGAGCAAACUUUUACUCAUCCUAUUACAUUAUUUUAUCAUAUUUGGUUUAAAACAGUAUUCAAAGGAACAUGAACAGAAGAGGUUAGAAACGCGUAGGCGCCGGGUGGGAGAAAUCGCCUUCGUUUACCAAAAUAACAAGAGAAAUAAAUCAGUAACAUUGACGAGCAAGUAAUCAUUAUAUAUAUUUGGAAAAUGGAUGGAGAAGGUUACAUAUAUUGGGAAAAUCAAGCGUUCUCGACCGUGAACCUUCCACACAGUACAAUCACCCAGACUUCAUGCAAUUUCUCACCUCUACUGAUGUUCAAAUUCAGAAGUAUUGGUCGAUAUUUGGCUUCCCUUGAAAAAUCCAUCGGUGAAUUCUCAAUGGUAUAUAAAAAAUGAGUGCUCUGAUGUGGCUUAGGGCCUAUAAUCACGAUUGCGGCUUGUAACAAGUUCAACUCUACAAGGUUUGUUCAGAGUAUUCCGGAUACGUUUUUGUUUCAUGCGCAUCUUGUGACAUGCAAAUCAGCUAAGAAAUGGUAUUUAAUGCACAUGUGCAUGAGCUGACUGUGUCCCUUUAACUUGUACAUACAGUAUGUACCUAAAGAGCAUACAGUAAAUUGUAUCAAGUUGACAUGCAGGUUAGUGCAAGAUUUUGUGAAAAGAAUAAACUAGCAGUAGAUAUACCAGAGAUUACCAAAAAUAUUGUAAGUAUAAUACUGUGAGCAGACGCUGGGCAGUUAAACAUCAUCUGAAAAGCUAUGAACUGAUAUACACAUUACUAGUAUGCUAAUUACAGACCCUUGUAUCGGGUCAAUUGAUAGUUGUGGACUACAAGAUAGAGAGUCCUAAAAUCAUGAAAUCUUUGUGAUUUGUGUCUUUAUUAGCCAGUGUACAGUCACUUAAUUAAAUAAUUUUGAAACUGCUUGCACCUGCCACAAUAUUCAAAACUUAGUGGAAUUAGAAUGAUGCAAAAGAUGUGUUGCAAUUUUAAAUUAAGUUAGAAUGAAACCACUGGCCAUGUCUGCUAAGAAUUAUCCUGACAUUAGAAUUGAGAUGUAACACCUUUAUGGCAACAGGAUGCCCAAGGAACCACAGGAAAACCAAAGAUUAGUGUGCUGCUUGCCUCAAUUACGGAGUGUGAAUUAUUAUUGUUGUACCAAUAAAAUAACAGUUUCAGUCAAUAUAUUGCAGUAAUAAAAGCUGUGUUGUUACCAAUUGGUGUUCUUCUGAUUGAACUUUAUGAACUACCCAGCAAAACAUACAAUAGCCCGGAACCAAGCUCCACAGUUGGGGAAAAGGAUAAAAAAAAUUGGUGAUUGAAGAGAGGGGAAAGGGUGGCACCACCCUUUUCCUUCCCCAGUCUGCCAUCCAGCUCACCUCACUCACCAACUUUUGUGCCUUUUACCUAGCCUGGUCCCAGGCUAUACACUGCAUAACUGUCCACAAUAUACUACUGUAAGUGACAACAGUAAUGCAAACAAGUUUAACGGUCCAUCUAAUAAUAUUGUUAUAAAUUAUAUUCUAAAGAAGUACUUUCUCUGUUGCUAAGUCAUUUUGUUUACUUUCUUUUAGAAAUGCACUGCGUAAAGAACUUGAAGAAAUUAAACUACAGUGGAAUUAUGUUAUUGUGAGUAGGUAUUAAAGAAAAAUUUACAUAUAUGUAUGUAGCUUUAGUGGCUAAGUUACAGUUUUCUUUGUUGUUUUUUUGUUAUAGCACUUUCCACAAGAUGUAAAGUACAUUUCUCUGUUUCCUGCCACGUCAUACACCAAUGUAGAAGUUCUUCAGAAACAA